UUUUCUCGUUUUGACUCCGGUUAGCUAAUGCUAACGGGCUAAGCGCGGAAUGACAACGCUAAGUCGUGUAAACCAGCUCGGAGGGUUCGCCAUGUUAAUUUUAUAUACAUAAAUCCGAUGAAAUAUUAUGUAAGCGUCAAACGAGACGACAUAAAGACGAGAGCUGUCAGAAACACACUUUGUUAUUUUCAAGGGUCCCGCUCGCUUCCGCAUCACUCCCGGGUAGAUCUUAUUUGCAACUGUAACCUCCUCCUCGAUGUCCGCGGUGGUAACACGUUGAAAGCGGAGCGAGAAUCGAGGAUCUACGUUCGAUAAAUAAAGAAAUGAGAUGGAGCCGUGGUGGCCAUGAUUUGCCGCAGAGUUAUUACUAACAGCGCCCCCUGUUGUAAUAUCGGCGCAGUGCAUCCACUAGUUGCCUGUCAUUAUGGAAAUUGGAACAUUUAUUCAAUAUCAAUACGUGUAGUCUCUUCUAGUGGACCCCAGAAAAAACUCGACAGGGUCGUUCUACUCAGGCAGUCUAGUUUUUUGUUUGUAGGAUUGUCUUAGUCGUGUGGAAAAAGAGCGUAUUAGUCCAUGCACCUAAAGUUGGAUAUCCAUCCAUCAAUUUUCAUUGCCGCUUAUCCUAGUUAGGGUUACGUGGCGCUGUAGCCUAAACCUAGAUAUUUUUGUUUUUAUUCAUACCAAGUGUAUCGUAUAAAAGCUCAAAAAGCUUUCAUAAAUACGGACCCAAAAUAUGCAGUGACCACCUCCGAACAAUAGCGGCGCUGUGAAAAUAUUUGCCUUGACACGGCCAACUUGCCGCGUUUUCUUCCUCGUUUUGUUGUAGUAACAAGCUUGAGAUGGCCGACCAAAAACAAUUCCAAUCUACAAGUUACUCGUUCUCAUAAUAAGUGGAAGAUUUGUUGGUCUUAUUUAUCCCAUUGUCAUGAUCAUAUUAUGAUUUACAACUGCUUGUAAUAAACAGAAAUAAAGUCCCCGUGAAAAGUUACUUAAAUUAGGAAAAACACCGCAGACCACGCCGGUUUGUUUUAGUCGGCCCACAGAACGGUUUCCACUUCCGUCUCACAUGGGAAGUUCGCUUUUUAUUUCCACUCAGAUGUAAACCGAACAAAAGCUCGAGUUUUAAUUUUUACAUAACUGCGUCGCCGUCAUGUUGAAGUCGAAAACCUUCGUUAAGAAGACCCGGUCCGGCCGGGUGAUGAAAAUAGUGCGCGAGCAUUACCUGCGAGACGACAUUUGGUGUGGAAGCGAGGCGUGCGACCAAUGCCAACAGGAGUCCACCGUGCUGCAGAGAGAAGCGUGCAUCGAGAGCAACUUGUGCUCCUUUUCGCAUUACCUCAUCCCAGACACUAAUGUGGUGCUGCACCAGAUUGAUGUUUUGGAGGCCCCCGUGAUUCGUAACGUGGUGAUCCUCCAGACCGUGCUCCAGGAAGUCCGCCACCGCAGCGCGCCGGUCUACAAACGUCUCAAGGACCUCGUCCACGAGGGAGAAAGACACUUCUACACCUUUACCAAUGAGCACCACAGAGAAACAUUCGUCGAACGCCAACCCGGGGAGAGCGCCAACGACCGGAACGACCGAGCGAUCCGUGUGGCGGCCAAAUGGUACAGCGAGCACUUCGCGAAUCCCGAUGGCCCUAAGGUGGUGCUCCUAACUAAUGACCACGCUAACAAACAGAAGGCACAAGAAAACGGCCUGUUGGUGUACAAAUUUGAGGAGUACAUCAAGGGCCUGAUAGCCAACCCCGAGCUUGUGGAUCGCCUGGCGCUGUCAAAUGAUGAAAAGAACGAUAUCACCAGCAGUCGGGUGUUAUUCCCCGAGCACCUCCCGCUGUCCAAGAUCCAGGCCGGCAUCAAGAGCGGUGCCUUCCUCCAGGGCACCUUCAAGGCAAGCAGGGACAACUACCUGGAGGCCAAAGUCUUCAUCCAAAAAGACGAGGAAGACGGCACAGAGGUGCUCAUCCAGGGCCUCCAGAACCUGAACAGAGCCGUGCACCAAGAUGUGGUCGCAGUGCAGCUGUUGCCACGCAGUCAGUGGGUGGCGCCCUCUUCCGUCAUGCUGCAGGAUGUUGGCUGCGCCAAGGACGACGACGUCGAAGAAGAGGAGAAGGAGGACGCUCUGAGGAGUUCGGGAGGUGUUGCAGACAGGAAGCCCACCGGCAAAAUAGUGGGGAUCAUCAAAAGGAGCUGGAGGCCCUUCUGUGGCAUGCUCAAUGUUUCCCAAAUUAAAGAGUCGACGCGUCACCUUUUCACGCCUGCGGACCGCUGCAUUCCACGCAUCCGCAUCGAAACGCGCCAGGCGUCCACCUUGGCGGGCCAGAGGAUCAUGGUGGCCAUCGACGGCUGGCCCAAAGACUCCAGAUAUCCAAAUGGUCACUUUGUUCGUAGUUUGGGGGUGGCAGGGGAGAAGGAUACAGAAGAGGAAGUUCUGCUGCUGGAGCAUGAUGUUCCCCAUCAGGCCUUCUCUCAGGCGGUGCUCAGUUUUCUUCCCAAAAUGCCGUGGAGCAUCAAACCAGAGGACAUGGUGGGAAGGGAGGACCUGAGGGAUCUGACAGUGUGCAGCGUGGAUCCUCCCGGAUGCACGGACAUUGACGACGCGCUCCACUGCAGAGAGCUGGGCAACGGGAACUUCGAAGUGGGAGUCCACAUCGCGGACGUCAGUCACUUCAUCAGACCCGGGAACGCGCUGGACAAAGAGGCUGCCAACCGAGGCACGACGGUUUACCUUUGUGGGAAGAGGAUCGACAUGGUUCCCGAGCUGCUGAGCUCCAAUCUCUGUUCGUUACGGUCCAACGUGGACAGGCUGGCUUUCUCAUCUAUCUGGGAAAUGAAUCAAAAGGCCGAAGUUCUGAAAACACGCUUCACGAAAAGUGUCAUCAACUCCAAGGCAUCUCUGACCUACGCAGAGGCCCAGAUGAGGAUCGACGACACCAGCAAGAACGACGACAUCACCAAAAGCCUCCGCAGCCUCAACAAGCUCGCCAAAAUCCUCAAGAAGCACAGGAUCGAGAAAGGGGCGCUGACGCUGUCCUCCUUAGAGGUCCGCUUCCACAUGGACAGCGAAACUCAUGACCCCAUUGAGCUUCAGACCAAGGAGCUCAUGGAGACCAACUCUAUGGUGGAAGAGUUCAUGUUGCUGGCCAACAUAUCAGUCGCCCAGAAGAUUUACGCCGAGUUUGCUGAGUGCGCCCUGCUGAGGAAACAUCCAGCACCGCCGCCUUCCAACUACGAUAUACUCCUAAAGGCAGCAAAGUCCAAAGAUGUGCUGAUCCACACGGAUUCAGCCAAGGCGCUGGCCGACUCCCUGGAGGCGGCCAAAGUGGACGGCUUUGCGUACUUCAACACGCUGCUGCGCAUCCUGGCCACCCGCUGCAUGAUGCAGGCCGUCUAUUUCUGCUCGGGCAUGGACAGCGACUUCCACCACUACGGUCUCGCCUCUCCCAUUUACACGCACUUCACGUCGCCCAUUAGGAGGUACGCGGACAUAAUUGUCCACCGCCUUCUGGCCGUGGCCAUCGGAGCGGACAGCACCUACCCGGAUUUGACGGACAAACACAAACAGUCGGCGCUGUGCAACAACCUCAACUACAGGCACAAAAUGUCGCAGUAUGCUCAGAGGGCGUCUGUGGCCUUCCACACGCAGUUGUUCUUUAAGAGCAGAGACGUCCUGAGCGAGGAAGGGUUUGUCCUCUUUGUGAGAAAGAACGCCAUCAUCGUACUCAUCCCCAAGUUCGGCCUGGAGGGAACGGUCUUCUUCGACGGCAAGGACAAAAGCGUCCCUAACCUCGUGUUUGAUGAGGAGCGUCCAUCUCUGACGGUGGAGCAGCACACCUUCCAUAUUUUUGACCGGGUGAAGGUCACCGUCAGCUUGGAUGACUCCAAUAUUCAGCACCAGAAGAUACGCAUGGCCUUGACCGAGCCCGUGAUCCCGGGCGUGAGCGUUUCAGCCACCGACGUUGACAAGCCAAACAAGAAGCCCAAGCUGGACCGUUGAGCUGUUACCGAAAUGAACCGGAGAAUGAUAAUCAAACUGCCGUACAACCUUUUUGUUUGCCUUCAUGUUUCA